GACAAAGAGAGGCACAGAAGUCCAUCUUGAACAGUUCUCGUGAUUGGUGUCAUCUUCUGAUUUAGAUAGGAAGUGAUAUUCAUACAGGGCUAAGAAGAACAGAUACUAUAACAUUACAAAACGAGAGUCAUAAAAAAGCACUGUGGUAUGAUUUUGCUACCGAUACUCACAGCGUUCCUAGUCACACGCUCAGGAGCCAUAGAUCUCGACUUGAGCUCGAGAGACUCCAUCUGUGACGCAGCUGCGCUGAUUCAAGAUGGUGUAUUGGAUUACUACGAAGGCACACGAUACGGUGGUGCUGUGGGGAUGUUCGUGUACCCUUACUACUGGUGGCAGGCCGGACACGCCUUUGGCGCUUUGAUCGAUACGUGGUACCUGUGCGGGAAUGAUACGUAUGAACAGUUGAUCCACGAUGCCCUGAUGCACCAGACUGGUGAGGGUAACGACUACAUGCCCAAGAAUCAGACCAUGACCGAGGGAAAUGAUGAUCAAGGGUUUUGGGGGCUGACCGUGAUGGCUGCUGCGGAGAGAAACUUUACUGCUCCGCAGGAUGGGCCUGAUUGGCUUGCACUGACACAAGCGGUCUACAACACGAUGUGGGAAAGAUGGGAUAUGGAGCACUGUGGAGGUGGAUUAAGGUGGCAAAUCUUCACCUGGAAUUCUGGUUAUAACUACAAGAAUACCAUCUCAACGGCAUGUCUAUUCAACUUGGCAGGAAGACUGGCCAGAUUCACGAGAAACGAUACGUAUGUCGAGACAGCACAAAUCGCAUACGACUGGCUAGUAGACAUCGGAUUCAUAGUGGACAGCAACGGAAUGGCUCGUGUGUACGACGGUGCCGAUAUUGCAGAGAACUGUACCGACAUUGUCCACAUCGAGUGGACUUAUAACAUUGGAAUCAUGAUUGGUGGUGCUGCCUAUCUUUACAACUUUACAGAGGAGCAAUACUGGCUCGACGUCACAGCUCAUUUGGUUGAAGGUGCGAAAGUGUUCUUCAGAGAUGGGAUCAUGUAUGAGAGAGCGUGUCAAGAUGGUGAUAACUGUAACAACGAUCAAAGGUUCUUUAAAGGUGUCUUUGCACGGUGUUUGGGAUUGACUGCCUUGCUCGUGCCAGACUUGUACGACGACAUCAUGCCUUUAUUGGAUACAUCGGCUUCUGCUGCAGCCCAGUCGUGUGUUGGUGGUAUAGAUGGACACACCUGUGGAUUGAACUGGGAGUAUGAUGGCUGGGAUGGCUACUACGGUUUGGGUGAACAGGUGAGUGCGCUGGAAACCAUCCAGAGUCAUUUGACACCAAUAUCGCCUGCUCCACUUACACAGGAGAACGAAGGAGUUGCCGUUGGUGAUGUUAAUGCCGGCUUAAACACCACGCGCAAUGAAUUGACAUAUUCAGAUAUGAACAUUGAUAGCGGUGAUGUGGCAGGUGCCGCUAUAGUCACUGCCGUUGUGCUCCUCUUGGCCGUUGGUGGUGCAAUUUGGAUGGUUUUAUAGCUUUUACUGGGACGUUUGUUUUAUGACUGCUUUCAUGUUUGUAGGCGAG